AUGGCGGCCGUCCGCGCACGGCAGCCUCGGGUGCCGCCCGGGUACCACGGCCACCACGUCGCUAGACCUGCCAUCCGUCCACGACACUACUGCGCUUCGCCGUCUAGCCCGACCACACUGACCCGCUUGGGCUCCCGUUGGUACCACGACCCACGGAAGGUCGCCGCGUCGGUGUCCGUCGUCGCUGCCGCCAUAUGCUACCAGUCCCUCGAGGUGAUUCCAUGGACCAACCGCGCGCACUUCAUCUUCCUGUCCCCUCAGUCGGAGCGAGCGCACGGACUCGCCGAGUUCGCCGACUACAAGCAGGAAGUGGCCUCCAAAAUCCUCGGCCCGCGCCACCCUCACAGCGUCCGCGCCCGUCGCAUCGCCGAGAGGAUCAUCCACGCCGGCAUCGACGACACUGUCAUCCUCCACGUCGCCAGCAACCGGCACAAGGGAAAGGCAUGGCUACCUCCGCCUCAGACGAGGCAUCUCCAUGGGCUCGAUUGGGAGGUGAUCGUGGUGGACCAUAAGGGCAACACCGGCGCGUACUGCACGCGCGGCGGUAAAAUCGUACUGUACACGGGAUUGCUAGACCACUUCAAGACCGAUGGUGAGAUUGCAUUUGUCAUCGCUCACGAGGUUGCGCACAUCAUCGCAAGGCACGAAUCUGAAAUCAGCUCGACCAAGUGGGUGACUAAACCCCUCUAUUAUUACUUCCGGCGAAGGACGGAAACAGAGGCAGAUCACAUUGGAAUCCUACUACUCGCUGCCGCUGGUUUCGAUCCACACAUGGCACUCACGUUCUUUAAUAAGAAUGCAAGGCUGGUACAAUUUCAAACAUUCAAAGAGUACUAUCUCUCCUCUCAUCCUCCAUACCAGAGAAGAUUGCAAUUUUUAUCGCAGCGGAAGAUCAUGAAGACGGCACUUGAACUAUAUAGAGAAGCCACUUCCAUUAAAGAUAGUAUAAAGCGAUAGGUACCAGGCAUUUUAUGGAGAUAUCAAGCAGAGAUGAAUCAAGAUUUGACAUAGUCCGGUUUCCAUUUUGAGUUCUUUACAGUGUCCCCAAAGUUAAUAUGGGCCAUCCAUGUAUGCAAUCCAACGGUUAAAAUUCAUCUGAUAAUGCGACACAAUUCUACGAGAGUACCAUCACC